AUGAAUAUCCUAGAAAAAGCCGAAAAAUCCUUAGAAUUCCUCAAAAGCAACGAAGGAAAUGCAAAGAGACACGAGCUUCAAGCCGCUGCUGGGACGCUCGGCCGUUGCCUAGGAGCUCUAGGAAGCCGCGCUAACUGUGCACGGCAUUAUGCUAAUUUGUUACAUUCGGCUGUGCCAGUUUUACUAUCUUUGGCUAGCAAUGACAGUGCUGAAGUUCGCCUGGUAGGUGAUGAAGCGCUAAACCGUGCAGUAGCUGGUGGUUUUGCAUUCCACUCCUACAAAACCAACAUAAUAUUACAGAAUCAAAUAGAUUGGAACAGGAAUGCAAGAUGGAUCCGGGCCGCACUUUCUCGUAUUUGCCUUGGAGACUGUUGGCUGCGUCCAGGAGUUGGGAAGAUACGGACCCAAGCACAGACAUUGUUUCCAAAGUUGAGCCAAAUCAUACAACAUACAAACGAGAUCCAACUUAUUGUGGAGGCGUUAGAGUCCAAUUUGCCGCGUAUUUUGAAUGCAUUAGCUGAAUACACUACAGAUGAAGAGAUAUCUGAUCUUUUGAAAGCCCUGCUUUCACACGUGGAUCUAUCAGAAGCUUCGGUGAGGCGUGGGAUAGCGACAUGCGUGGCACACCUUUGCUCGCACAGGGAACAGUUGGUUACAAACAUUCUCGGACGGAUGUAUGAACAACUAUGGCCUAUAGCAUCCAGCGACAACACAAUCAUCGGCUGGUUUUGCGUCAUCAAAGCCAUGUUCCAGAUAAACGACAUGCACAAGUUCGCCGACAGCGAAUUGUUCACCGUGCAGGAUUAUUUAGAGCUCUACCGCCUCGGCGUUCACUACCUCGAGCAGACGACGGUAGAGCACAACGUGCAGAACUCGAUCAUGGAGUGCCUCGCUGUGCUGCUUGCCAAGGCGGACGGAGACCAGGUCGGGGCGCUGCUGCAGCGGAGUCCGCGGCAGGUGCUACUCGAUGGCAGACGCGGCGAGAAGACGCACAGCAGGAAUCUCAGCACCGUGAGCGCGGUUUCGGUCCGCACCGCGCCCAGUCCGCUGGCGGAGCCCCGGGAGCCGGAGCUGACGUUCAGCGGAGCCCUGCAGCUCGGCAGCCUGCUGCAGCUGGCCACGCCCAGCCUCAGCGUUGAGGACCUCACAAUACAGACCCCGGAUACGCCAGUGAGCGGUGAGAUGCAGAUGCCGGAUGCUGACCAACUUUCCAAAGACCUGACUGAGAAGCUGAACGAAAUAGAGGAAUCCAACCACUGCGUGGGUGGGAUGGAUAUGUCCCAUGAGAGAGUCUUCAAGAUCAACAUCGGCUCGGCGAAUGACGACGACGUGGUGCUGAAGUACUUGGCUCGACUUCUCAUCUCCAAGUUCUUGCUGACUGGCAACAGAGGGGGCGUGAUACCCGACAGAUCGGUGAGGGUGUCCGUCAAGGCAUCAGCCCUGAGCUGCCUCUCAGAGAUCCUACGCAUUUAUCCUCAAAUCAUGACCAUGUAUUUGGACAAGGACGCAGAUAUGAAGCUGCAACACUACUCGGCGUCAUCGGAGGGAGCCGACUUCGACCACGGCGGCUGCAACAGCGAGUUCGUCCUGGAGCGCAACGUAUGCUACCAGGACUCGAUCACGGAGUCGGGCAGCCAGGAGCUGCAGUCCAGCAGGAGCGGCCCCGCCGCCGGCGAGCAGCGCCGCCAGGAGUUGGCCGCCAGCGGCACCAGCGCCGACACGCGCAUGACCGGCAGCGGCCUCACCGCCGACUCGGCCACCACCACCAACGAGCCCACCACCACCGGCUACCCGAUGUCGAGCAGCGGCGGCGUCUGCUCGAGCCUCGACCUGGACAUGAGGUUCGACCACUUCGGCGACGGCGGUGGGCAGCCGGAGCUGGACGUCAUCAAGGAGUCCGGAGGGGGAGGGCGAAGGUCGAAAAAGGAGCGCGACCACGCCGAGCCAGCUGACGAGCAGAAGGCUCAGGCUCCGGACUUCGAGUUCCAGCACAUCAGCGACGCAUUCACCCUCCUGGAGGGACACAGCGACCCUCAGAUCAGGGGUCUAAUCAGGGUCUGUAUCGGCGCGUACCUCGACGCGGCCCUGGAGCAGUGCUACGGCGACUACGCGAGGUGGCGGUGCUACGCGGCCCUCGUAGCCGACGUAGCGGACGCCCUCGCCGUAGACAGGCUGAUGGGGCUCGUGCUGAAGGGCCUGUCGGACGAGGUGCAUUCCGCUGUGAGCCAGACCCUCCGCUGGCUGAGCCGUGCCACCCCGCACCCUCCUGGUGUCCGCCCUUCCGGCCCUGCCGGCUGUCGCCUCCAACAGCUACUGGCUCUGUCGCCUGGACCUCUGCCGUGUCUACGAGCGGCUGCCGUACGCCAGGCUUUUCAUACUCUGUCCGGAUUACUACGCGAGGUGCAAACAAAUCAUGGACACCCUCAUUCACCUGUUGGCCGACCAAGAUCAGAAGGUCAGGGCGGCGGCGGCUCAAGCGAUUGCGAACAUAAUACC